AUGCUUAGACUCUUGUCAAUUGCACCAAGAACAUGCUCGUACAGAGCCACUGCUGCACCAGCUUUCAAUGCUGCAAGAUUUAGAUUUCAAUCCACAUAUACUAUUCCUCAGACUCAGAAGGCUGUAGUGUUUGAAACCAAUGGUGGUCCAUUGGAAUACAGAGAUAUUCCUGUUCCAAAGGCUAAACCCAACGAGAUCUUGGUGAACAUCAAAUACUCUGGGGUAUGCCACACAGACUUACACGCCUGGAAAGGUGACUGGGACUUGGCUACAAAAUUGCCAUUAGUAGGGGGCCACGAAGGUGCUGGUGUUGUCGUAGGACUCGGGGAGAACGUUGUUGGAUGGAAAUUGGGGGACUAUGCCGGUGUCAAGUGGCUUAAUGGUUCAUGUAUGAGCUGUGAAUUGUGUGAAGAAGGUCACGAAUCCAAUUGUGGUGACGCUGAUUUGUCAGGUUACACACAUGAUGGUACCUUCCAACAAUAUUGUACCGCAGAUGCAAUUCAAGCUGCUAAGAUUCCACAGGGCACAGAUUUGGCCGAGGUGGCACCAAUCUUAUGUGCUGGUAUAACUGUCUACAAGGCAUUGAAAGAGGCCAGUUUGAAGCAAGGUCAAUGGGUUGCCAUCUCUGGUGCAGGUGGUGGUUUAGGUACUUUGGCUGUACAGUACGCUAAGGCAAUGGGGUUCAGAGUUCUUGCAAUCGACGGAGGUUCCGAUAAGGGUCAGUUGGUCAAGUCAUUAGGUGCAGAAGAGUACAUUGAUUUCACCACAGUUCCAGAUGUUCCAAAGACGGCGAUCGAAAUCUCGGGUGGUGGUCCCCAUGCUGUCAUUAACGUUUCAGUUUCUCCACAAGCUAUGCAACAAUCUACUGAGUUUGUUAGAAAGACUGGUACCGUUGUCCUUGUGGGUUUGCCAGCUGGUGCUAGUAUCAAUGCACUGGUAUUCGAAACUGUUGCUAAAUGUGUUACCAUUAAGGGUUCCUACGUGGGUAACAGAGCUGAUACCAGAGAAGCAAUUGAUUUCUUCGUUAGAGGUUUGGUUAAAUCGCCAAUUAAGAUUGCUGGUCUUUCGGAAUUGCCAAAAAUCUUCCAAGAAAUGGAAGCUGGUAAUAUUUUGGGGAGAUAUGUCGUCGACACUUCUUACUAA